CUAGGGUGACAGUAUGUAAAAAAAAAACAAAACAUAAAUAAUAAUAUAAAAAAAUAAAAUAAAAAUAAUAAAUUUUGGCCAAGAUUUAUGAUGAAAUAUUAUUUCUUUGCAAAAUUUUAUAAGAAAAACACUUUUUUCAAAAUUUUUGGACUUUUUGGAUUUUUUUUAGCAAAAAAAAUAAAAAUCCCAGUGGAGAAUAAAUACCACCAAAAUAAAGCUUUAUCUGUCUCAAAAAAAUGGUAAAACAUUCAUAUGGGUACAGUGUUGCAUGACCGCGCAAUUGUUAUUCAAAAUGUGAUAGUGCUGAAAGCUGAAAAUUGCCCUGCUCAGGAAGGGGGUAAAAGUGUCCGGACAGGAAGUGGUCA